AUUACGAAUUCAGCAACGUUCUAGUUUUCCAACUUCCAUUGUUAACUUUCUAGCCCCUUUGUAUUUGAUUUAUUCUAGACUUCCUCGAUUUCUGUGUGCUUUUUCUUGUUAAUCAAGAACCAACCACCAUCCUAAUCCUUCCCUUUAACCCCCCCGAUUUAAUCCUCUUUGGUAUUCGCCAUAUGCCGUAAAGAAGAAGUCGGAGCCGUACGAUCGCCGGUCGAAGUUUAGGAUUGGGUGUUUUCUCUCUAUAUAUACUAGAAUUAUCUUGUAUUUCUAGGCUUACUAAACCCCAUUACGUGAAUACUAGCCGCGGGGCAACUGUAUGAGACUGAGCUGUGGUGGUCUCUAGACUAUAUUAGACCAGAACACAGCCGUUUCGCGGCAUGGCAGAUAAAUACGUUAUUCGAGUAACUGCUGGGUCAGAUUACGACUUGGAUCAACAUGUCGUAGUGCCAGUUAACACGCACGAGCCAGUUAAAAUUAGUAGCGAGCUAAUCGACAUCGACCUCAACGUUCGCGUGCAAAAUUAUCGGGGUCUGCCAAGGAAUUCGCCUACUACGUCCCCUUAUUUCUCUCACGAACCACAUGCUUCCAGCAAGGAUCAGUACAGCAUAGCGAUUCGCUUUACCCCCAAGAGGCCAACAAGUGCUCCCAACUCAAAAACUACUUCUACCGACCCGUCCAGGUCAUCGUCUCCGGAAACUAGCGGGGAAGAUACCAGCGAAGAAUCGACAAAUGGUAUAUCUGGGGAAGAUCUCCAGUUCGGCAAUGACUUUGAAUAUCCAAUCCGUGACCGCCUCCCACCCGGCUUUAGCUAUGCUAUGAACAUCGUAAAAUGGUGGAUCGAUCCCGGCCUUGAGGGCGAUGCGUACGCUGAUCAGCCAUAUCUCUACGGACCAGCCCUCUCAUCGUUUAACUCCGUUCAUAUUGGUACAGGAGAAGUCAAUCCCGAAAAGGGCGGAUUAUGGUUUGAGGAAGGUGGCGACGAAGAUGGGCUGAAAGAGCGAGAGGCCAUCGGCGCUCCAGCAAUAGCGAAAGACCGCAUGAAGUGGGCUUUGAAGCCAGCAAAUAAGAGCAAAUGGCUAUUCCAGUACGAUAAAACGUACUGCCUGGACUUUUUCAACCCGUAUUUGGACUUUAGCGAGUUCAGCCUGCGCUUACCGGGCUUCACGCUACCAAUCAUGAAGUAUUGGGACGGCCAGAGCUUACGGUCCAAGCCGAAACGCUCACACACCCUUAGAUACACGCUACGAAACCGGUCGACUAACGACACCUACCUGGUCGUUGUGUUUACGCUCUACCGUAAGGAAGACGUCAACGAGGAUGGGUCUCUAAAGCCGGCUGCGCUGGAAGCCGCCAAGCAGGACAAGGAGGCGGUGAACGUGGAAGUGGAAGCUGAGGAUGUGAGCAAGGACGAAGACUACCAAGAGGCUCGCAGGAAAUUCGAGAAGCUUGAUGUCAGCGACGAGGGUAGUGAUUCACAGACUGGGGGUGAUGGGGUAGAUUAAACGACUCUAGUUUUUACCUAUUAGAUACCUAGAUUAAUUAUUAUAGACUCCUCUUCU